AUGGGCCCCUGUACCGCCUCCUCAUGCUGCUGCCAGGCCCGUAAUCUGCCAUGGGCCCCCGUACCGACUCCUCAUGCUGCUGCGGGCCCGUAAUCUGUCAUGGGCCCUGUACCGCCUCCUCAUGCUGCUGCCAGGUCCAGAGUGUGUCAUGGGUCCCUGUACGGCCUCCCAUUGCUGCUGUCUCCAUCGCCACACUCUGCCAUGUGCCACUUUCAGGUCUCCUCACACUGCUGGUGGGUUUCAUUUUUUGUCAUAGGGUGCUGUAUGGCCUCCCAUUGCUGCUGCCUCCACCGCCACACUGUGGCUCCACACUCUGGUUUUGGCCCCGUGACUGCCCAAAUGAGUGAAGUGUGCGGUGAUUCUAAGAUCGACGGCACUCAUCUGCAUGUCAUACUGACUGACAGUAUUAUUUCUCUUCCCCAGCAGACUCCAAGGGCAUUUAAAUUAAAGGUACAGUGUUCUGCACUAAUAUAA